CAACUACCAGUACUGCAACUACCAGUACUCGACUUCACAACACCGGUUGAAAAACAUCCAAACUUUUUCCACCCCUUGACAACGACAAGAUAGAAUGGCAGGACGAUGCGACGGGUGGUAGUAACGGGCCUCGGCGCCAUCACGCCAUUGGGAGUUGGCGUUCGGCAAACCUGGACACAACUCCUGGCUGGACAUUGCGGGAUCCGGAGCAUUGCCGAUUUCGAGCCUCAAGCACAAUGGCGACAACUGCCCAGCACCGUUGCGGGCGUGGUUCCUCAUGGGAAGAGGGAGGAUGGAGGAUGGCAAUCGUCGGACUGGCUGGCCCAAGGGGAGGAACGGCGCAUGGCCAGAUUUACCCAAUAUGCGGUUGCGGCCACGGAGAUGGCUCUCAACGAUGCUGGAUGGCGACCACGUAGCCAGGAAGACAAGGAAACAACGGGCGUCUGUUUGGGCAGUGGAAUUGGAAACCUCGAGGAGUUGUACAACACCAGCGUGGCUUACGGGCAACAUGUGAGCGCCUACAACGAACCAGGACUGGCUGGUUGAUAUUCUCCGUAGCUCAAUCUUUUGCUGAGAACCGUGCACAGGGUUACAAGAAGGUGUCGCCCCUGUUUGUGCCUCAGCUUCUCAUUAAUCUGGGUGCCGGGCAUAUCUCCAUGAAAUAUGGAUUGCAGGGACCCAACCAUUCCGUCACGACUGCUUGCACAACAGGCGCGCAUGCCAUUGGGGACGCCUCACGCUUUAUUGCUUUUGGGGACUCUGAUGUCAUGAUAGCUGGUGGCUCUGAAUCGUGUAUUCAUCCGCUUGCGCUUGCGGGAUUUGCAAGAUCCCGGUCCCUCUCGACAUCGUACAACCAUGAUCCACAGUCCUCGUCCCGUCCUUUUGACGAGGAUAGAGCUGGCUUUGUGAUUGCUGAAGGUGCGGGGGUGGUGGUACUGGAAGAAUUGGAGCAUGCCAGGGCCCGCGGGGCAAACAUAUAUGCAGAAAUCCGAGGGUACGGGUGCAGUGGGGAUGCCCAUCAUAUGACCGCUCCUAAAGAAGAUGGAUCUGGGGCUUCACUAGCCAUGAAAAGAGCUUUGAAGAACGCAAGCAUCAGACCUGAUCAAGUCGAUUACAUCAAUGCACAUGCAACAAGCACACCACUUGGAGACGCUGCUGAAAAUGCUGCUAUCCAAUCUUUACUACUAGGAGAGCAUGGUUUCGACCACGGGUCUCAAGUCAACGUAAGCAGUACCAAAGGUGCUAUUGGCCAUUUGUUGGGAGCUGCUGGAGCAAUCGAGGCAAUUUUUGCUAUAUUGGCAACAAAAGAGGUAUUCUCACAUCUGGCUCCCAUAACCGCAUAUGUCAGCUAAAAACCCCGCAGAAUAUUAUGCCACCGACGCUCAACCUAAACAAAGUUGACCACAACUUUCGUUGCAACUACAUCCCACUUUUUGCUCAGCAAAAAGAAGUGCGUGUCUCCUUGUCCAAUAGUUUUGGAUUUGGUGGCACCAAUGCCUCGCUAGCGUUUUCAAAAUACACAUGAUUUCUAUCAGGUUGAGUCGCCAACUGACGCAAACAAAAAGUGUAUCUUAGUUUCGAUACGGCAUAUACUGUGAUAUCAACAGUGUUAUGCAGACUGAAAACUAUUCUAGCGAAUGAUGUUUCGGUACUAGCUACAACACAUCUCGCGUUGUUUACCCACCCAGUCUGUUCACAUCGGAUACCAGAUAAUGAAUCUGCCAAAGAGAACCAUAAUCAAGAUCCUUUGAACGAGCCAAUGUUUCCAAAUUUUUCUCCUCUCACCGUGUACCAUUCCCUGAAAGAAUCCCAAUCGCGACACGUAUGCACCUGUGGCUCUCCAACGUAAAUCCGAUGUCCCUCGCGUCCGGCGACGAAUAUUGGUAUUGGCGUUAAGUCCAAUGCGCAUUGGAUGUUUUGUCGAAUCUGCUCGAUGCAGUGGUCUUGAAACGAAAAGUCAGAAUCAAUCUUUUCACAGUAUUGUUGUAUCCCUGCUUACCGAUAUGGGUCUUAUGGUAAUUCUUUGGUAACUCGUCAGGGUUGUGAUGAGUAUAGUUGGGGCCGUAAUAAAGUGAUUUUCGGAUUGCAUUCAGGCAGUGCAAUGAGUGCAUCACCUCGGGCCUUUAUCUAGUCAACACAGGUAUCAUCGCCAAUGGCCUAGAUGGGCUUACUCGGCUAAGUAAAGGCCUUCAACGAGAUCAUGCCUAUUCAACUUCAUAGCUUCCUCUUCACUAAUGAUGAGAUAUUGUCCUUCAAGAAUGUCAUUAUUCUCCAUGGUGUUUGACUGCAUGUAUAGGCUUCUUACCUUUCAAGAGAUUGUGCCAUGCUUCAUCUAUCUCGGGCGAUGGUUCUCCGACGUACUUUGGAUCAUUUGGUCCAUAUUCAAUGUACACCGUGUCUGCAGUGUCGUUGGUUCUGAAGGUUGCCGUGUACUUCUUCUGUACCAAUUUAGCGGUUCCUCGUACCAGCUCUAUGAAAUGUCAGCCACGUGUUUUUCUAGAGUAGGUGACGGGCUUUCGUACCCCAAUCGGUGGAGUAUCCACGUUGUUCCUCAAGAGCAUGGUUGAGUUUGAUCGAGAGAUGGAGAGAGUAGGAUGCGAAUGAUGCCACGAGGAUCAACAAAACGACGGUGACCCAAAUGGGGAGCCAGUUCUUGUAUCGCGUUGUUACUGGUUUCUCUUCGGGGUAUUCCGAGACGAGCUGCUCUGUAGACGUUGCUUCUGUAACCUGGUGGUAGAACACCGAUGCACCUGGUUUCUUCGAAAGCGUGCUGUUGAAUGCCAUUGUCAAUGUUGUGGUUUGUGUUGGAUCGAUAAUGGGUUGUAGGGGUGUCUCGUCACACAUGUACUGGUAUCAGCUUCAAAUUCAU